CUUUAGUAGAAAUUAAUCAGAUUUCAACACGAUUGUUGCAAUGUAAGUUAUCAUUUCGUCUAUUAAGUAUAUUAUCGAGAUUUAAAAAAUGCCAAAUUGGUAUUAUGACAAAAGAGAAUUAAAAUCAACUCCAUCCUAUGCAGAUGGUAUUGAAUAUGAGACUGAACAGAGGUAUCGAAGAGAAGGUGCGCGAUUUAUCAUAAAUGUUGGUACCAGAAUGGGAUUGUAUCCUUUAAAAAUGAAUUUAAUGUGUUUUUUGUUUUAUUUACAGGUUACAGCCUGUUGCUGCUUAUUUUUGGCUGGUAAAGUAGAAGAAACACCCAAAAAAUGUAAAGACAUUAUUAAAACAGCCAGAAUUCUUCUCACUGAUCAACAGUUUACACAAUUUGGAGAUGAUCCAAAAGAAGAAGUGAUGACAUUGGAAAGAAUCCUUUUGCAGACAAUAAAAUUUGAUUUACAAGUGGAUCAUCCAUACGGAUAUUUACUUAAAUAUGCAAAGUCAUUAAGAGGUGAUAGAGCUAAAUUGCAAAAGCUUGUUCAAAUGGCCUGGACAUUUAUAAAUGAUAGUUUAUGCACAACAUUAUGUUUACAAUGGGAGCCCGAAAUAAUUGGCAUAGCAUUAAUGUACCUAGCAGGGAAACUCUCCAAGUUUGAAGUUAACGAUUGGAAUGGACGUACAUCCAAGCAUAAUUAUUGGUGGGACAUGUUUGUGGACAAUAUGAGCAUAGAAUUUCUUGAAGAUAUCUGUCAUCAAGUUUUAGAUUUAUAUUCAACACCUAUACCUAGUACUCCACAAGAUUCACCUCCUACUACUCCUCCUCCAAAAAUAAGACGUACUGCACCAGCACAAAAGAGUUCGCCAUCAUCACCAGCAAUAUCGACUACUCCCCCUUGUCAGGCAAAGAUAAAAGAACAACAAUCUUCUACUAAAACAACACCAGCUGUUGAAACUGAAACACUUACUAACAUUGCUGCACCUGUAACAUCAGCUCCAACUACUCCCGUUACUCCAAAACCAAUUACGACUACUACUACACUGCCGCCUGUUCCUCCGGUACCGCCGCCUAAUGUAACCCUACCUUCUGCUACCGUAGAUCCUCCAUUACCAGCUCCACAAACUGCUGCAAAUGUACCUUCAUUUACUUUUAAUCAAGCUCCUCCUCCAGAUACUACCGAUACUUAUAGAGCAGAUUAUCCUCCCAAACCAGAAUCCCAAUAUAAUCCAGAACAAGAACAAAAUUUUAAUAAGGAACGAGUUCAUUUUGGUGGUUUUGAAACUUUGCAGUCCUCUCCAGUUGUUCCUGCACAGGUAAAACCUCACACUCCAGUUCCACCCAUCAGUCAGAAUUUUUCUGGACCACAUAAUUCGGCAUAUCCACCACCUUAUCCACCACCUACAGAAAAGUCAGGUAAUCCAUCAACUAUGCCAUACUAUUCGAGUAAUGUUCCACCUGCGGGUUCUCAGUUUCCACAUACUCCAUACACUCAACCACUGCCGCCAUAUUUUCGACCACCUGAACCUCAAGAUCAAUUUUAUGGUCCUCCCAUGAGACAUUCAUCGACUCAACAGGCAUCGUUCAGAACAGCUCAAAAUCCACCUAUGCAGUGCGGACCGAUGCACCAUCCGAAUCAGACCCCACCAAUUUCUCAACCACAGCCAUCGCAGGGUCCACCACCUCCAGUUCCUCCACAUCAGUUUCAGGAUUCUUUUCGUGGAUCGAACCAGUACCGCGGAGCAGGCCCGCCACCUCCACCUCAUCCUCCGCUUCCGUCGUAUCCGCCCCAUCGCGGUCCCAUGCCACCGGAACCACAUUCCGGCAUUCCGAGUCACGGACCUCCGGUCAAUCGCAUUCCUCCUCCUCCGCCACCACCUCCCACUCUGGCCCAAGUGUUCGGCUACGGCGCCCACACACAAAUAGGACCGAACCCCCAGCAUCGGACGUCUCCAACCGCAACAUCGCUGCCACCGGUCAGAAUAACCGGAAGAUUUUAGAAAGUAAUUUUAUAAAAGACAAUUUAAACAAGUGCUAAAAGUGUUGUACAGAAAUACAUUAUUGUAUUGUUUUUUCCAUUAGUGUUUGUAUCUUAAUCAUU